AUGACAUCAAAUUUAGAGUUUCCCGAUCUUCUCUAUCCUGAAUGUUUAACAUACGAUGAUCAUCCACACGAGAUUCUACUAGAUCAAUGGCCUGUCACUACUAUGGAUUUCUCGAUUAAUCGAAAGUUUGUAAUGCAGAAAAUCGUCCCCUCUGCUCAUGCAUCUACUCUUCGAGCAACAGCACCACCAUUUACAUAUUCAAUUGCAAUGGAAGAUUUGACUCAUAUGAAUAAAUAUACAUUGUCAACAAAAUAUAAAAACAAUUCGAUUCGUCUAAUUGCCAAACAGAAUCAUCUGAUCUAUGUUACAAAAAAGAAUCAACUCAAUAUUCAAUCAUUAUCCGAUCAUAUCUAUGAUGAACUUUGGUCGAGCACUACUGAUCAUUUAUCCAAUACUCCACAGCGAAGACAUGUUAUAGAAACAUCGAGUUCAAUCAAACUAUUAGAUUGUUUUGUCGAAAAUGAACAGUUAUUAACCAUUGCCGUUGCAAAUCACAAUGGUUUGGCACUUUAUUCAUAUAAUACAACGACUAGCAACUCUUCGAUGACUUCAUAUGCUGAAACGUCGGAUCAUGCAUCGAUACUUGCGUUAACAUUCAAUCCAUAUAUUUCUUCGAAUGCAAUUUGUAUCGACAAGAAUUAUCGAACUUAUCUUUUCAAUGAUGAUACAUUCACUUAUCUUCAUCAGUUAACAGAUGAAAAACUUCCUGCUUCACAUAUUCCUCGACAAAUCUUUCUCGAUUGGGACGCGUCACCAUUUCUGUACACAAUUGCUGAUAAUCAUCAAAGUUCGUGCAUUCUAUACGAUAUACGUGUACGAAAUGAAUCAUACAAAGAACUAUUCAAAAUGGGAACGAAUCAUCCAUAUCUAGGUGAAACAGAAAUCAUUCGUGGUUAUAAAACGAGUUUAGUGAAUCCCUAUCAACAUGUUUUUACUACGGAUUAUUCAUUAGUCAUCAUCGAUUCGCGAAUGCCUAAUCGAUCUGCAAUUCAUUCCCAUCAUGAAUUAUUACGUCCACCCGCAUCGUUCACUCAAACGCAGUGGAAUAAUCAACAUCUAAUUAUGAUCAACGAUCAGUUCAAUACAAAUAUUCUUGAAUAUGGCAUCGAUGAACAUCGUCGUUUAACGCAAACGAGUCCUUCAUGGGAAGUCUGUCCUAUAUCAAAUACACGAAUCUAUUUGAAAAACAAUUCUAAUCAUACGAAGAAAGAAUUGUUAUUAGCACAAUCGAUCUAUUUCGAUGUACCCACACGAGAUCUAGCUGUUGUGCCAAAUACAAUUAAUCCGAAAUCAUUUCUUCUCUUUCAAUUGAACAGUGCGGGUAAUAUAUAUGUGCAAAUGUUCGAUGAAAUCGUCGAUAAAAAUGAAGAGAAAACAUGGAAUCCUGAUCCUGAUAAUGUAUUCAAAAAACCACCAGAUUGCUUUCAACGUGCAAAUGAUUACUGGUCAACAAGAUUUCUGCCACUAUUUCAAUGUCAGACUUGUUUAUCGUAUUAUGCUGAGCCAACGAAUUUUACAAUAGUGACGCCUCUUGCUGCAAUGACCCACAAAUCCUUACGUGAUUUUCCAACAUUUAAAAACGAUCAUCAGUCUACGGAAAAAGCGAUCCCAGCUGAACUUUUCGAAUGUCCAAUGUGUCAAUGUAUGCCAGAAUUAACCACUCAAGGACAGAUGUCUCGUGCAAAAAAUUGGAUUCAAGAUUGGAAAUCACAACUAGAUGAUGUUCAAUCCGAUGUUACUGUAUGUGAAAUUGUAGAUUCAAUUGUACUUUUAUUUCGUUUGUUUCAUUACAAGGAUGAAGCACAAUUAACAACACAUGAUUGGCGGAAGAUUUUUGAUUAUGAUGAACUAAAUGAAACGAAUAGAGAAUCAACGUUAUGGAAUGAAGUGCAUCGACCGUGGUGGCCACCGGAAAGUCGGACGAAACCUUCGUUAGAAUAA